AUGUCACAGCUUUCAACUCACCCACAUCUUCAGUUAUGUGUCAAUGAUUUACUUCAUCCUACAGAAAAAUCAGAAUUAUUACUCGAAGCACUUACAUCUUCACAACUUGAAGAAAUUGAAAGAACUUUAUCUAAAAUUAAAGAAAAGAAACAAUCAUCAUCAUCAUCAUCAUCUCCACAACAAAAGCUCAAUAAAGAAGAUACAUGUUCACCUUCUCCUAUUGCAACAGAAACAGCAAAUCCUUCUUCUUUACAUCAUGAUUGGUCUGCUGUGGCGGCACAAAUAGCAAAAGCUUUAGCUGAUAGUAUUACUACAGCUACAAAUAAUAAUCCUCCUUCAUCUUUUAUAGUAAAGUCUACAUCGAAUCAUAAUGCUAAGCCACUUGUAUCCUCUACAUCUAUUACCGGAGCUACAUCCGAUAAGCCCUCAACAUCACCAUCAUCAACAACAAUAACACCGUCUUCUUCUGAAUCAUGUUCUCCUAUAGCUACUAAAUGCACAUCUAAUUCAAAUAUUGAUAAUAAUACUGCCGCUACUGCUGGUUCAGUGGUUCCAAACCAUGAACCUCGCACUGAAGUUCGUGAUGGUAUUGAAUGGGUUAGCUUUGUUUACUCUCAUCAUCGUGUCUUACGUCGUUAUUCUAUUCGAACUGAUGUUGAGCAAGUGGAUAUCAGUCUUUUAGAUGAUAAAUUCAAAAGCGAAAAUUGCGUAUAUCCUCGUGCAAAUCUCCCUCAUGAGGAAUAUAAAGGAAAUAGAUGGGCAUAUGAAACUGAAUGUAAUACUUUAGGUUGGAAACUUGCUUUUCUUAAUUCAUCUGAAAUUGCCGGUAAACGUGGUUUAAUUCAACGUGCAGUUGAUUCUUAUCGUAAUCGUUAUCCAAGUAUGCGUUCUCGUCGAGUAGCUCGUCAAGAAAAACUCUUAAAGGGUACUCUUCGUAAGCGUAAACAACGUGAAUCUGAAGAACUGAAUGAUCAACAAAGACCUUCCAAGACUACAAAACAGGAGGAGACAGUAGUAGUGUCACAUCAUGAAUCAUCAUUACCCAAGACUGUUUCUAUUGACGAUGGUCAAGGUACCAAGUAUCGUAUUCGUAUUAAUAUUGAUUCCGUUGCUCUCAACUCAAUUGAUAUGGAGUUCCGUAAAGCUAAUUGUGUUUAUCCUCGUGCCAUGAAUAUCAAUACUUCUUCACCUUUUGCCUCUCAACGCCAAUUAGAAGAAGCUAAAUGCAAUGAAUUAGGUUGGAAAUUGGCUUGGUUAAAUUCUAAACAUCUUGCUAACCGUAAAAAUUUACUUCAACGUGUCCUUGAUGUUUACCGUUCUAAAUUUAUGCCUGAACUGAAUCCUCGUAAGAAUUCAAUUCGUAUUCCUAAUCCUCCUAAUCAUCUUUCUAUUGAUACCGAUAUGUUAAAAGCAUCUUCAACAACAACUUCUUUAACUGUCGAUGCUCUUAUCUCUGUUCAAGAACAACAAGCAAAAGUCAUUCGUCGUGGUGAAGGUCAUGAUGAUAAUGAAUCUCUUUAUAGUGGUACAACUGAUUCGCUUGAUUUCCAUGAUUGCUUUUCUCCUCAUGAUAUGUGUAACUCACCUUCUACCUCUGAUUCCUCUUUAUCUAUCAAUCAUGAUUUAAUGCUCUCUGCUCCCACAUCCUCUGAUGACUUAUUAUUUGGUAGUUAUCCGUUAUUUGGGGAAAACUAUGAUUCAUGUUGUCUUAGUAUCAGUAGUAGCUGUAGUAGUCGUUCUGACUUGGCUCCCUCUCCUUACAUCAAGACCGAACAUAUGGAUGACACUUUAUUUAAGGAUCAUACUGCCAUCUUUGACUUGUAUACAGCAGACUCUAUUCAAUUACCAUCUAUUAACGUAGAUUUUGAACAAUCUGAUUAUACUAAAACUGAAGAUGAUCCACUUAUGAGUCAAUUGUUUCAUAUUUAA